AUGACCGCAGCACGAGCACGACUGUCAACUGCGACCUCUGAGGAUUUACCACCAGCGCUGACCUCGCUCAUCGUGCGCUACACGGUGAAAAAGUUCUCUGGAGGGAGAGAAGACUUGCUCCCAGACGACAUCGACGAUCCGGAGCUACUUCUCAGAGCGUUGGUUCGAAAAUACCAGUUCGAGUUACAAGCGGCAAAGAGCACGCAGUUUCGAACCGAAGCGCAGGCAGAUUUCCUCAAGAAGCAGGUAGACUCUUUACAGGAGGCGAGUGAAGAGGCGCAGACCGUGGCUAAGGAGGCGACCUCCAAGUUGGCCUAUUCAGAACGCAAAGUUGCCGACUACCGCAGCCGGAUCGCAGCACUGGGCAGCAAGUGGGAAACCAUCACGGGCUUCACCAAUGAUGAAUUGGAGCGUGAUCCCAGCGCCGCUGCGAAGCGCUUCAAGGGUGAGCUGAGAGCGACUCAGUCAGAGAUCUUCAACCAACGGAUGACCAUCCGACGUUUCCAAAAAGAGUUGAAAGUGGUCAAGGAGCAGCUCAAUGACUCCGAGGCAAGCUUCACCCAGCUCUACGAAGAGCUGGUGGCCACAAGGCUCAAAGACCAGGAGCUUGAGAACAUGCACAACGGCCUGGAAAACAAAGCCAGGGUCGCUGCUGUGGCCCUUGAGGAACAGAAGAAAAAGGUGGUGGAGAAGAGCGAAACAGUCAGACAACUACUGGCUCGGGUCCAUGAGCUUGAGGCCAAUGAAGGCGAUGUGCAUCGUAAGAAGGCCAUUGCAGAGCGCAAAACCGUGGUCCUUGAGCGCGAGAUUGAGCAGCAUGUGCAGGACAUCAAGAGAAUGGAGUCCAAAUACCACGAAGGUGUCGAAACCACUCUGAUCUUGGAGAAGCGCUGCAAAGAGGAAGAGGCCAAAUUAGCCGAAGAGCGGUUAAAGGUAGAAGCUUUGACCCUGCAGCUAGCAGAAGAGAAGAAGUGGAGUGCCAUCCUGAAACAAGACCUGGCAAAUGCCCAAGCAGAGAUCGAAAACAUUGCUGAUGAGAAGUACAACCUCUUCAAAGAAAACAAGACCUUGGACAAGAAGGGUAUCAUGGAAGGCAAGCGAGCCAGGGAGGCGGAGACGGAGGCAAAGAAGGUCAGAGAGUUGCUGGUGGAUUCUUCGUCAAAUCUUGUCAUGACGACCCAUGAACUCGGGGACGAGAAGAAGAGAGUGGCCGAGCUGGAAGAAAGGCUGGAAGAAACACGUGGCACUGCGAAAGAAUACCAGGAGUUGGCAGCAACCAGGAAGAACAUUGUGGAAGGUUUGGAGAAGGAAGUAUAUGACCUCAAGGAGCAGCUGAAAGAUGCAGAGGUAAGGGAGUAUGCUUUGGCUCGUGAGCUGAAGAAGACGGAGGCCUUGCUUGCAGAAUCUGUGGACCGCGAAAAGGAAGCUGAUGCUGAGACGGUGCGCGUCGUCAGCUCGCUGGAUACCUCGCAGAAGGAGUUCCACAGUCUGCAGGGUGAGGUGGGUGGCUUAGAAAAUUCCAUCGAAGACCUCCGGGCGCGACUGGAAGAUUCCAAGGAAGAUGCCCGGGCAUAUCGAAAGCGCACCUUUGAUCUGGAAGGUGACCUGAAGCAAGCAAAUCAACGUGCAGCAGAAUCCGAAGAGCGAGAGUAUCACUUGAAGGUCGAGUGCAAGAGUCUGAAGCAAAAGCUCGCAAAAGAAGAGGAUGUGAUUGCGGACCUUUCCGAGAAGGUGGAGCUGAUGAAUGCUCAGAUUCUUCAGAGCCAGGGAAUGUACGCAGAAGUGAAGGAAAAAGAAGCUUCGCUCUUCGAAGAGAUUGAAAAGUACAAAGAGAAACACCUAGAUGCAGUGGAGCGGGGUGAUGUGCUUGAGAAGAGUUUGGCACAUGUGGAGGGAGAGGUUGAGGUUUACAAAGGCCAAACUGGUGUUUUGAGGGAAGAAAUCCAUGAGAAGAAGCAGGCGCUCAGAGUUUCAAAGAAGGACUUGGCAAUGACUGCUACAGACUUGGAUAGUCUCAAGGAGUCUCUUGAGAGCAUGGCCGCUGAUUUGAAGAAGUCAAAGAAACUCCAGAGCGAGGCCGUGUUGCGCGUGGACUUACUGGAGAAGGAGUUGGUCGACGUCAAAGAAGAGCUGAAGGUGAAGGUAAAAGUGGCAGCAAAGCUGGAGAGGGUUGUUGAAGACCUCAACGUGAAGUUGGAAGAUGCUAUGUUCGAAGUCACCGAGGAGCGCAAAGAAGCCAAGUUGGUGGUGGAGAAACUCGCAAAGAGGGAUGCCGCCUUGAAGAAGAUUGAGCACGAGGCAUACUUCUCCAAAGAGUCUGUUUGGCGAGUGUGCGAUGAUGUCAAGGGCUUUCAGGACAGAGAGGUGAAAUUGAAAGAGGAGAGCCAAGUCUUGGAAGGCGAAAUCGAAAAGUGGAAGGUGAAGUUUGAAGAAUCCGAAGUGGAGAUAGCGAAACUGCAAGACAUCAAUUGGCGAAUAGCAGAGGACCUCAAGACCUCCAAAGUCAGUCUUCGGGAUGUCGAGGCUGUGGCAAAGAAAACCACCAUGGAACUGAAGUCUGGGAAAAAUCGCAUGCUGGAAGCAGAGGCCAGGAACGUGGAGCUGUCAGCCAAUGUGACCCAGCUCAUGGAGGCGCUGGUACAAGCAGAAGCCAGAGAAAAAGAGGCGCUGGAGAUGGCGGAGAAAGGAGCUGGAGAGAAAAAGAAGAAGAAGGUGGCGAGAUCCAAAACGACUGCGAGUCUCAAUGGCUGA